AUUAAAUCUAACAAAUAUGAAAUGAUGCUGUAUUCUUUGUAUUUGGAAGAAGGAGUAUUGUAUAAGAUAAUAAAUAAGAUAAAGAAUUAUUUGCAAUGUAUCAAGCAGAAUUAUUCCUGCAAUGCGAAUUGCAUACUUGUUUCUUCUUAUUAG